AUGGCUGAAGAACAUCAUUCACCAUCAACAUCUGAUCAUCCCAAUGUCUCUUUACCUGAGACAAAAACAUCAAACCAUUCAAAAAAAAAUGAACUUCAAAAAGAAAAUACUCUUUAUUCCGAACCUCAACCUAAAUGUUAUAUUGGCGCUGGAAAUAAUGCAGAAUUAAUUGAAAGCAUUUUAACAUCGAUUGGAUAUGAACGUCAAUCAGAAAGAACAGAUGAUUUUAAAUUCAAAUGGGUUCAAUGUAAUCAAAGUGUUAACUGGAAUGUAUUUAAAGAUGGCGAACAAAUGGUUAAUCAUAUUCAAGGAGAAGAUUAUUUUACAACUAAAUUACAAUUAUGGCAAUCAUUACAAACAUAUGAAAAAAUUUCAAUGACAAUGCAAAAACGUUCACAACAAUUUUUAUCCCUCAAUCAAUUUGUUCCAGAAACAUUUAAAUUAGAUGAGAAAAAUGAUCGAGACGCAUUUUUUAAUACACAUAAACCUGGUGAUGUUUGGAUUUGUAAACCAAGCGGACUUAAUCAAGGAAAAGGAAUUUAUCUUGUUCGAGAUAUUGAAGGUUUGAAAAGUAAAUUUGCUGAAAUUGAUGCUAUGGAUAAGAAAAAACAAAUAUCAAUUAAACCAAUGAAAAGAGUUAUUCAACGUUAUAUUAUGAAUCCAUUGUUAGUACAUGGAAAAAAAUUUGAUAUUCGAUGUUAUAUGCUUAUAUCGAGUGUUAAACCACUACUCAUUUUCUAUCAUUCCGGUUAUCUUAGACUUUCCAUGUUUGAUUUUGAUAAUAAAGAUGAAAAUCUUCUUACACAUUUGACUAAUCAGUAUAUGCAAAAAAAAGAUCCGAAAUAUUAUGAUGUCAAAGAAGAAACAGCAUGGACGAUGGAACAAUUCAAUGAUUAUAUUAAUAAAAAUGUGGCAUCAAAUAAAAAUCUUGAACAAGAUUGGGUUUUAAAUGUUUUGCCAAAAAUCAUUCAACGCAUUAUGUUAAAUGUAAUUGAAAGUAUUCGUAUGAGAUUAAAAAGACGUGUUGGCUGCUUUGGUCUGUAUGGUUAUGAUUUUAUGAUUGAUCAAGAUAUGAAAGUUUGGCUAAUUGAAAUAAAUGUUAAUCCAGCAUUAACAACAAAUACAAAUACACUUGUUCAAGCUAUUCCACCUGUUGUUAAAGAAUCUAUUUUAUUAUCAAUUGAAUGCUUUGAUAAAAUUCGUCAUGGACAAAAAAUUUUUCCAAUAAAAUCUUUAAAAGGAUAUAAAUGCAUUUAUAAUGAAUUAGAACGAAAAGGUUCGUUACCUUAUAUUGAACAAAGGCGAGCAACAUCAUCUUCGCCCAAUGUUCGAAAGCCUGCUCCCAUUGUUGCUCCACCAAUAGUGCCAGUGCCUAAAGCAAAUUCGAAUAGUUCUCCACCGAAUUCUCCAAAAAGCUUCCAUAAAGCAAAUGAACAACAACAGCAACAACAACAGUCAAUAACUGCAACACAAAAAUAUAUUAUAUCGAGUACAAGUCGUUCCAAUAUCGAUCGUCCAAAAGUAAAUCGUUCAUCAGAUUCGUUAUUAUCCCCAUUAACAACAACAAAUCAUUCAUUUCCAGCAGUUAAUCCUUCAUCUAAUGAAACAAUGGUGAUGAGAUAUCAAACUAUUCAGAGAUAUAAAACAAACUUUGAAAUCUUGAAACCAGCAACUGUCAUUGCUGAAGAAUGGAAAAAUUUAGAUCGAACACAAAAAGAUCGCUUGGCAAUCGGAGGACCUAAAGCUCUCGGACACGGGGCAGUUGCAUCAACUUCUUCUUAUCAAAAAGAUCAUAAUUGGCUAGUUACUGGAAGACAACUUACUGUUGUGGACACAAAAACACUUGGAACUUGGCUGAAACAAAGACAACAACAACAAAAAGACAAAGACAAAGAUGAUGAAAACGGCAAUGAAAGAAAUAAUCAAAUUGAAAAAUCAUCAAAUUGUUCAUCGGCAAAUUCAUCUGAAUCAUCAUCCAUAACAGCUACUGGUGUUGAUAUUCAAUCAUCUAAUUUAUCGGCAAAUUUACAGAAAUCAAAUAAAAAUCGUUCACAUUCCGCAACAUUACGUGGUCAUAGUUUAUUACCUGAAAAACCUUCAAUAAUUAAAGAAAUAGUUCAUCGAACGCAUCCAUGGGAAUAUGAUGAUUAUAAUUCUCAGCAAGAUUCAAUAGAACCACUAACUAAAUCAGCUCUUAUUUAUCGUCUAAUGCGUUCAAGACUUGAAGCCAAUUUAGCUAAAUCCAUAUCAGCCAAUAGAGAUCGAUCAAAUAAGAAGAAGAAAUUGUCUUCAUCUACAACAACAUGA